UCACGCUGUCGAGCUGCCGAUUGGCGGGGACGUGCAUACUAAGUUCCGCCUACCCUAAGGCCUUCGGCUCCGCCCACUUGGAAUGUUGCUGGAGGUGGGAGAGAUUGAGGACAGCUGCGAAGUGGCAAAGGCGAAAAUAAUUAGAAGAGUUUUAGUAAAUCUUUCAUAGCUAUAUAAUUUAAAUGCAAUGGUUCUUGGGCCCCGUAUUUCGAGAGAAUCUGCAAAGAAACAUACUGUACAGGAUCUAUUUUUGGAUUAUUAAUAUUAUAAGGGAAGAGGAAAAACGGGAUUCCUAGAACUCGGAUUUCAUUGCAGGAAAGGCAGCGUCUUUCCCCAUUAAAGAUCCUGGGCGCGUUUUUCCAGACCCUUCAAGAUCUGGCUGGAGGAAAAAAGCCAAGCGAUCUCCAUCUAAGUGCUUCGAGACCCUGCAGGUUCCUUAGAUAAACGAUCCAGCGGCAGUGGUCCUUUGGAUCUGCUGCCUGGCUCAUCACCCCUUUCCCCCCCUCCCGCCGCCCCUGUUGCUCUGGGUGGGAGAUCGCCUUAGGAACACCAAGAACCGCUGGCUUUAAUCAUUGCCGAGACGAUUGUAUCGUUUUGGAUCUUCUAGGCUUGGAAAUACAUGGAAUAAAUAAAUAUAUACAGUACUUAUAUUCAUUCCCUGCGGGAAUCUCUCUUUGCACCGAAGGUGCUCGUUAUUAUUUUAAUUCCUUCGCCCACUCCUUUGGGUUUUCUAGCCCUCGCAAGGAAAGAUGCCUUGCCAAUCUUUUUAGGGGAAGAGCCUCAGAGCCGGUUGGUUGCUAAAUUUGGAGCGGGCCAAGUGGGGGGGGGAGAACAUCGCCUGCCCCCUGGAGGCUUAUUCCGAGGCUGAUGGUGGAAGGAGAGAGCGACAGAUCACAAGCAAAGCCUAAAAUCUUUUCCUAGUGAGCGUCUCGAUUUAAUCGGUGCGGAUCUUGCUGGGUCGCCUGGGGUCUCGUCCCAGCUUCUGUUGCGUUCUGUGAUCUUAUUUAUUGGUUUGGGGGGGGGAAACCCAAAACUGAUAUCCCCUGCUCGACCAGCGAGGUGGGGAGAGGACAUUUAUUUCAUCGGCCGAUACCUGGAUUUUGCUUCUGCCGCCGCUGCCUUCGCCAUGGCCCGCCCGGCGGCCCAAAGCAACCCCGCGCCGAGUCCCCUGCUUUCGUCUUCUCCUUCGGGACUCACCGGACCCAGUUCUGCGAUGGUUAGUCUUAAGAAUCUCCUGCAAGGACCGGUCAAGAGUCCCGAACGGCGGGGAGCCAAGGAUCUGGGCUCAUGUGUUAUCAAAGACAAAGAACGCAAGAUGGAGGAUGACCUGAGCAUUUCACGACCUGGGCACUGUGCGUACCUGGGCUCUCUCCUAUGGGAGCGCACCUUGCCCUAUAAUGAGAUUGAGUAUGUUGACUUGGAUGAAUUUUUACUGGAAAAUGGUCUACCCCCAAGUCCUGCCCAUCAACCGUUUUCACCAGGGAGCCAGCCCACUGCCUCACCUUCCAGUGGAGUUGUGGUGGACCUUAGCCGACCAGCUUCUUGCGCGUCUUCCUCUUCUGCCUGCUCUUCAUCUGGUGAAGGCCUAGUGGGUAGCGAUUAUGACCAUCAUUGCACCAAGACAGGUCCCAUUACACCUGUGUCCCGAAGCACACCCAGCCCUGUGGACCCUGAGGCCGUGGAGGUCCUCAUGAACUUUGACCCUGACCCCGCGGACUUGGCACUGUCCAGCAUUCCAGGACAUGAGACCUUUGAUCCUCGCAAGCAUCGGUUCUCUGAGGAAGAGCUCAAACCCCAGCCCAUCAUGAAAAAGGCGCGGAAAAUACAGGUUCCGGAUGAGCAGAAGGAUGAGAAAUACUGGAACAGGCGGUACAAAAACAAUGAGGCAGCUAAACGCUCACGGGAUGCCCGCCGCCUGAAAGAAAACCAGAUCACAGUCCGGGCGGCUUUCCUGGAGAAGGAAAACGCUGUCCUGCGCCAGGAAGUGGCUAACAUCCGCCAGGAACUGAGUCGCUACCGCAGCAUCCUCUCUAAGUACGAAUCGCAGCACGGCACCUUGUAAAACCCGCAGCCAAGGUGUUGCAUUCUUCUCUACUUGUCCCAACCACCCGAGGGGGUGGUAGGGUCACCCUGGUUUUUCAACCCUGACCCCCGUCUUCCCGAACCGGGCAAACAAAUAAUCAAACAAGAAGAUGUUUGGAACGAGGGGAAAGGUCCGAAGUGGUCGAUUCCUUCACGUGAGGACUGUCGUGGUCCGGGUGCACAAAAGAAAGGAAAAGACUUCCUGAGGUUGGCACACGAGCAGACCCUUCGUCAAGACAAAGGGCAGUGACUUCGAGAUGGUGAACUGGGCAUUGCAGGCACAUGGAACACACUACAACCACACAAGGGCUCAGUAGCACAUAGGAAGAUGAAUUGCGCGCGUACACACAAACACACAUGCACAUACACGCACACUGAACAUACAUGUACACACUAGAGUUGGCUUUUUGGCAGACUUUUGUAUCCAAAAGGCAGAAUUCAGUCAUAGACUCAAUGACUCAUUGGUCAUACAGGGCAUUUGGGGUCAUUCCCACGUGUGACCCAGGGGGCAUAUUUCAGGCAUUUAAGGAUGCCUAAGUUUGUCCUCUUUUCUUUCUUUCUUUCUUUUUUCACGAGAGAUGCAUCUUUUUUUAUCAGAU